CUCAUCGCAUCGCGGGCGCCCCGUGUAGUCGUCUGAUUCCCCGCAAAAAACAUUGCGAAGCACUUUCCACGCCAUUUCGCCCAUCCGCCCGCCACCAUGCCUUACAAACCGUUUCAGUCCACCUACUACGAUGACCGCAUGCGCGCGAAUCCUGCCCUUCUCCGUGCCCGAGCACCGUACCUAGUCAAGAACACCAUCACCGGCACCGCCAUUUGCGCUCUCGUAGUUGGCAUUUAUGCCUAUACCAUCAAUGUCAUUUCCCAAGAUGAGUUCGAAGACGUCGUUGUCCCUAAUGAACCCAUCACCCGCCAAACACCGCGACCCGGCUCAACCACCGAGACCGUACAGGCAGCCGUAAACGCGAGGAAGUAAUAAAUAUACAAUAACAAGGUCGAAGAGGAGCAGAAGAGAUAUCCAGAAUCUGCUGCAGACUGAAGAUCACGAGCGCCAUGGUUGAUGCGUGGAGUGUUGUGGACUAAACAGCAAUUGGGUGGACUGUAAAUUUGUGUACCAUACAUAUGCAUUGGGUGGCGCUAGUGUGGCGUAUCAUUGAAAGGGGACUCUCCCCUUGGUCCUAAUUAUCGCGAUUGUUUGUUUCUUAAUCAAUGUUUUGUUACCCCAUCAUUCGGGGUGGUUGGAAAAUGUGCUCUCUUGGAAGUCCACAGCGUAAAAUACCCCCACGUGACAAAAUGUGGCCUACAUGCACCUGGGCAUACAUAUUUAUGUAUUGUACGAUCGCUGGACAAAAGCAUUCGUCGGAAUAGGAAACUCUUCUUCGUUGAAUGCAUACAUAGCAACAAUGCGAUCCUUAUAACAAGAUUUGCGCAUGCUAACAAUCGCAUUGCAACACAAAACCCCAUAUGACCCCAACACACCCUGACUUCAAUGUACUACAAGGUACCCAUGGAGAGGAAACGCAUACUUCGCAGUUACUGCAUGCUGGAAACCCGAUAGUCUGGGCUAUUCUGUUGAUCUUUGAAAAAGACCAAGGGUGGUUCCAGGCUAGAACCAAGUCGACGGUAUCUAGAGGUUGGAAUGAGUUCCUCGAACUUGUUUCUGAACACAAGAGAUAAGAGGGAGUUUGUGACAUAUUUGAGCUGGUUUUUGAGCCAUUUAGCUCUUGUUUUGAGGGGAAAUCGAACACAUGAUUACAUUGCCCUUGCCAAGAUGCCCUGUGGGCUUGCGGCAUAUAACGGAGUGCUAGUGCACCUAUUUUCAUUUCAUCAAUGCCUCCCGCCGCAACACUUUUGCGUUGCUUUUGAUAACGAUCCUCGACCUUCCAAUUUCAUCUAUCACCGCCGAUAGAAACCUUGGCUUGAUGACUAUUCUUCGAAGCGACGCUGUGUAUGCUGUGUACGGUGUGGCGACAGCUUCCAGAUUGCAGCCAAUGCAUAUGGUCCCAUCGCAACAAGCUCGUGAAGAACCCAGGAAGAACCUCUGCUGCAUCUUUCUGCACUCUAGACGCACUCUUGAUGC